CUCUUCUCUUCGCACUCGGCACCCGAACCAAGCGCAAUGCUCCACCCAAAGCGGAACAACCACCCAUAAUUGUGCAACCAUAACUCUCAAUGGCGGUAGCCGGCAACAUCACGAAGCCCAAGGGCGCCGACGAGGACGCCGACGAGGACGCCGCUGCGAGUCCGUCUAUCUCCACUUCGCAGCCAGCCACAACUACCCGCCGCAACUUCGUCGAUCUUCCUCGAGAGCUUAGAGACAAGGUCUACGAUGAACUCUGGAAAGGCAGCGCGAUCAUCGACGUCCAUGUUGGAAGAUUACUUUUCCGGGUAACUUAUGGCCGUGAUUAUUUGAGGCGGUCGACACUCCUCCCAAUGUGGCUUCGUACCAGCAAAUCAAUCCUCCACGAAGGGCUGGAGCAGUUAUUUCGCAAGAGCACGUGGGAAUGCGUCCAGCUUAAGAACCGCCGCAUAGGUCAUACACGCUCACUGUUGCUUGGCCCGUCCGUCGCACCGAAUAUGGCGUUCCUUCUCCCACUCCUCCAAACAGCACGGCCAGAGGGCAAAUUAAGGCCGCUAGAUCUUCCGGACCUCGAGGCGUGCAUGCGGCUCUUCGAGGGCGAUACGCCGAUUCGAGUCCUCCACUUGGAAAUUCUGUACCUUCGUCAGCCGACGAUGGCUGUGGACCUCUCAUUCGUGAAGCAGAUCAAGCGGCCGGUCGAGCGUCUCGAGGUCAAAGUAUCUGAGAUGCCCUUUACAACUGGGGAUCCCGCCUUCGAAGCAACUACCGUUCCAGCGUUGAAGGAAGAGGUUGCUAGAGUUGGGGCUUUGGUCGCAGGCAAGAAGGGCCGGCUUACGAUGGAGAAAGUGCUGGAGCCGGGAAAUGACAAGAGCAAAGGGGCAUGGGUGUUCGUCUACGAGAAGGAGCGGGACAACCAUCCGGCUUCUUCGCGUCGUUGGGGACGGGUUUCGGCUCUUCUCUCCGUGUUCAUUCCGCAUCGGACAGGCACGUAUUCCCGCUAAAUUGAGAGCGCAAAUCUCUUGAUUCAGCAGUCAAGUUUUCGGUAGCUCCACCGGGUUCAUCAGCCGGCCUCGAGUUUUACUGAGCGUUUUGUACACAUCUACCCACGUAGCACGAGACAAAAUGCAAUCCACUCCGGUC